UUUUAUACCCGAGAUUUCAGAGUAAAAUGAGGUUCUCAGGCCCAAACAAGUUGCGCAGUCUACUCAAAAAAGCUCGAAGCGCCGCCGCUUCGUUCAAUUCUUCUUCUUCUUCUUCUUCUUCAAAAUCUUUCGCCACCGCGCCCAAGGUGGCUUCCGCCAUGGACGAACUCCAAGCCCUGAAAACCAAGGUCUGCAUCAUCGGCAGCGGGCCGGCGGCGCACACGGCGGCGAUAUACGCGGCCCGGGCCGAGCUGAAGCCGAUUCUCUUUGAGGGAUGGAUGGCCAAUGAUAUUGCUCCCGGCGGCCAGCUCACCACCACCUCCGACGUCGAGAACUUCCCGGGGUUUCCGGAAGGGAUUCUCGGCAUGGAGCUCAUGGACCGCUGCCGGAGCCAGUCGGUCCGGUUCGGUACUCAGAUCUUCACCGAGACUGUUUCCAAGGUCGAUUUCUCGACGACGCCGUUUAAGGUCUAUACUGAUGCGAAAACCGUUCAGGCCGACACCGUAAUAGUCGCGACCGGCGCCGUCGCGAAGCGGCUCGUGUUCCCUGGCUCCGGCGAGGGCAAGGGAGGCUUCUGGAACCGAGGGAUUUCGGCGUGCGCUGUCUGCGACGGAGCUGCUCCGAUUUUCAGGAACAAACCCUUGGCGGUGAUCGGAGGAGGUGACUCGGCUAUGGAGGAGGCCACGUUUCUCACAAAGUACGGGUCUGAGGUUAACAUAAUCCACAGGAGGGACACCUUUAGGGCUUCGAAGAUUAUGCAGAACAGGGCUCUCAGUAACCCUAAGAUCAAAGUGCUUUGGAAUUCGGAGGUGGUGGAGGCUUAUGGGGAAGGAGAGAAGGGCCCUCUUGCAGGUUUGAAGGUCAAGAAUGUUGUGACCGGAGAAGUGUCUGACUUGAAGGUUUCGGGGCUCUUCUUUGCAAUUGGUCACGAGCCUGCGACUAAGUUCUUGGAUGGGCAAUUGGAGCUUCAUCCUGAUGGGUAUGUUAAGACCAAGCCAGGCACGACGGAGACUAGCGUUCGUGGAGUUUUUGCUGCCGGAGAUGUGCAGGAUAAGAAGUAUAGGCAGGCUGUUACUGCUGCCGGGACUGGGUGCAUGGCAGCUCUGGAAGCAGAACAUUACUUGCAAGAGAUUGGAUCACAGGAGGGUAAGACCGAUUGACUACCUGAGAUUGGCGAAGGAUAUAAGAGCAGCUGUUCGAUUAGAAGCAAAGUUUAAUGAGUGUCAGGGUGAAGAAAAACUCUUAUGUGGAAGGAGCCAUUAACUAUCCGUCAUUUGGUUGCAAGAAAAGGAUAGGAAAGAUUUAGGGAUAUUUGCAGUCAUCAUUAUUGCAUUUAGCUUGACAAUCCAAUUGUUGAACUCGUUCAUAAGUUCGCAGAUGACUAAACUCAUGUUAUGACAUUUGCCACCUUAUACAUCCGCAUAUGUUUGUUUGAA